AGUAAUUUUUUUUUAUAAAAGAAAAACCACUUUUCCUUUGUCAUUUGUAUGCUGCCUAGUUGAAAGUACAUCUCGACGACCGCCCAAACAAAGUUGGAGAUGCAAAGAUAAAAACCCUGCCAAGCCCACCUCAGCCAAGUGAUGGUGGGGCAAGGUGAGAUGAGGACUGCGCCGCAGAAUUUGAAAAAAGGAGUACAAUUUUGCUGACAACAUGUGCCGGUGGACUCCGCGGCUUACUCAAAUCGAUUAUCAAUGUCAAGUAUAAGAACAUCUAGCAGUCAAGACUAAGUCUGGGAGAAUAUCCUGCAUAGAGGAGUUGAAGGCCUAUCACGAGUACGCGCCGUUUCAGGCUUCGACCUUGUUCAACCGAACCCUCUCCUUCAUCAGAGCGUUCAGCACAACAUCAGCAUGGCCGAGAAAUCUUUCUCACGAGGCUGGAAAGGUCAUGCAGCCACCAGCUUCUUCAUCGCGAUGUCCUUGAUCGCAUUGAAAGAGAUGAGACUCAGCGAUGUAGCAUUGAGCGUAUCCAAACCCAUGGAGGAUGUCGUGACGACGCGCAAGUUCCCCAACAACGAUCAAUUACUACGAACAAAGUACACCGGAAUUGCGUCACUCGACUACGGUUUAGGAUUUUUGGUCGCCGCCUUCUUGCCUGGCGCUUCUGGAUGGGAUAUGAAUGCCUAUGUUCAGCAGAUCUACUUCCUCGUGUCGUUCUUUUCAAUUAUCUCGAUAUCGUCUAUUGAGGCUGGCAGGAAGGGGAAUGCUUCGUCUUUCAUUAAAUGGACCUCCAUCUGGGCAGUGUUCUACCAAACUGUUGGAGGGGCAGUUGUGAUACCACUCUGGUACCUACUAUUCUUCAUGGCCUCAGCCAAAGAAAGCUCCUGGACUCCAGCAUCGCGACUGGUAGACACAGCGUACGCAAAAGCACUUCUUCCAUCUCUGGUUCUUGGAUAUCUCGUACCAACUGUGGCAAUGUACAUCCCGUUCUCUGAUCCUGGUCUCCACAUCCACCAAGCUCUGAUAGCUUCCUGGCAGCUUUGCCCUCUCUACGUCAAUAUUCUGCUCGUUGGAAUAUCAACCCUCAUCAGAAAGAAUGAACCAGCGGUGAGCGUCAACAAAUCUCAAACAAGUCUCAAGCAUCUGCACCGAGUUUACAUCGUCAAUUUCAUCGCCUGCGCCGCUGUACAUGUCAUUACCAUGGCUCUCUGUAUCUCCACCAAGAUUCCACAAAUAAACUUCGUUCACUCUCUCAUCCGACUACCACCUGUAGAUCGCCUGACUAUGCUGGGAAGCCUCCAUUACAUUUUCCAGGUUGACGGAUUGAUCAUUUUGGGCUCAGCACUUGCUGCUGCGUGGGGAGUUAUAUGGGAUUUGAAGCAUUUUGGAAAGGCUGAGGUAUCUACAGUGGAGGUUGCGAUCCAAAUGACUUUUAGUACAGUAUUAUUCGGACCUGCUGCGACGGUAUCGGGUGUGUGGCUUUUGCGGGAGCAUCUGUUUGCGGAGAAGGAUGUGAAGAAGGCUUGAACAUCGGGCAAGGCGACGGAUGUGGAUCAUGCCCUGUCGAAGCGAAGCGAAAGGCUUGACGAAGAGCCUUCGGAGAAAUUUUUACAAAUAUCCUAGAUUUUCAUCAUGCACUUGACUCAAACCUUCCACGAUUGCAAAGUCUGCGCCAUGGACUGUACCUUCGGCAUUGAGAAACGGGCCCAUGAGACUGCAAAGCUGGAGCUUCAAUCAGCGGUUGGGACCGAAUCCUCUUCUUAUCUAAACUUGCCUCCUUCUGUCAGCGACUUAUUUCCAAUCACCUAAUCUGUCAACACAACGUCCAGGGUCUGCCCAUCGUUUCUUGUGAUAUGCCGCACUGUCACGUGACAUCAAUACCACUCCCU